AUGUUCCGCUGGCUCAAUGGUCCCGGCUUCGUAUUUCGACAUCCCCUACCCGGUUCUACGAACUAUCUCAACGCCUACGACCGAUAUGGUCGUCUAGUUCGAGCUAAAAAUCGAUUGGUGGGGAAGAAUGAGAAGGAAAAGGCGGAAGACGAAGAAAAGAUAGAUGAGAACGCAGAUGAGGAGGUGAACGAAGAUGGAGAGAUCGUACCGAAAAAACCGCAGAAAAUCAAGGAAGCUGGGAUUAAGGAGACAAAGAACGAGCCGGCGCUGCCCAGAGAGACCAUGGAGGAUCUAAUGCCGUUCCCCCUGAACCGGCAAUUUAGGAGUCAGCAUGUAUUGAGUGAAGAGCUGAAGGAUGCCAUAUAUGAAAGGGUGAUGGCAGAGGGUCAGAGUGUUCGAACUGUCAGUGCGGCACUGGGUGUGGAGAUGAGUAGGGUCGGUGCUGUGGUCAGGCUCAAGGCUUUAGAGAAGGAAAUGGAGAAACAGGGAAAACCGAUCGCUUUCUCCUACGCCAAAGCCGUUCUUGGCAUGCUCCCCUCGACCCCAUAUGUCCCCUAUGCUCCCGUUACCCAUGAAUCAAUCAAUGACCUCCCGGUCCACCGCGCAACUGAAACCCAGAUCUUUCACCCUGUUUCCGAAUCCCGCCAUUUCACCCGCCGCGACGCUGGCAAAGUAUUCGACCGCGAGCUCAAGCCCGCCGAAGAACGCGUCCCACAUACCGAACUAGUUCAGCUGGAGAAAUGGAGACAUGAGGGUAAAAUAGAAGUCGAAAGAAUACGACUGCAGAGAGAAAAGGAAGCCAAGGACGUCCAGAGCAAGAAGGCACUGGAGAGGAAGAGGAAAGAGAGGGAAGCGAGGGAGAUGAGGAAGGUGGACACGGAGAGGUCAGAGUUUCGAUUCCAGGAUAUCAGGGUUGAGAGUGUGGGACGCAGUGGGAGAAGUAAGGAGGGAGUGGGCGCGAGGUAUGGGAUACCGCAUCAAGAUCGAAAGAAGGGUCAGAUCAAGAUUCCUAUGAGGGUUGCGUGA